CAUCAUCAUGAGUGGGUCUACAAGUCUGCAGGUGCGCCUGCCAGCGUUGGUGCUCGUGUCAGAGGUUGUUAUGAUAGUUCUUUAUGCGGCUUUUGUCACUUAUGAUGACAACGCCAACGCGAAGAUGCAAAACAAUGCAACCAACCCAAUGGAGAACUCCCUUUAUCGAGACUAUCCCUACUUCGCAGACGUGCAGGUGAUGAUCUUUGUAGGCUUCGGGUGCCUGCUGGCCUUCUUUCGAUUCUAUGGCUUCAGUGGAAUGGUCUUCAACUUUCUGACGGCUACAUUUGCGAUCCAGUGGGCGAUCCUGGUGCAAGGUUUCUUCCAGUUUUACUACGCUGGUAAAAUUCACCUGGGAGUGGUCAACCUGCUGAAUGCAGAGUUUGCCUGCGCUGUGGUGCUCAUCUCUUUCGGAGCCGUGCUUGGUAAGACCAGUCCUGUUCAGCUGCUGGUCAUGGCGUUACUGGAGAUACCUCUCUUCUCUGUGACAGAGUGGGUGGUAUUGAAAUACAUUAGAAUCACAGAUGCAGGUGGUAGUAUUCUUAUCCACCUGUUUGCCUGCUACUUUGGUCUAGGGGUGACGUUUAUGCUUUACCGCCCGAGCCUGAACAAGGGACACUCCAAGGAGAUGACUAGUUAUCAAUCUGACAUCCUCUCUCUAAUGGGGACCUUGUUUCUCUGGGUGUUCUGGCCUUCUUUUAACUCUGCUCUGACCUUAAAGGGCGACGAUCAACACAGAGCGGUUCUCCACACUUUUUUAGGUCUAAGCUCGUCCACCAUAACUGCGUUUGCACUCACAGCAUUGUUCAACAAGAGAGGCAAGCUCACAAUGGCUGAUAUUCAGAACGUGACUCUGGCAGGUGGCGUGACUGUUGGGGCUUCAGUGGACAUGAUGAUUUCCCCUGUAGCCGCGUACGCCCUUGGCAUCAUGGGCUGCACUGCCUGUUUCUUUGGAUACAAGUACCUGACCCCAUUUCUGGCCAACCACAGGAUCCAAGACCAGUGUGGCAUUCACAACCUGCACGGACUCACUGGCCUUAUAUCAUCCACAGCCGGCAUCUGUGGGAUCCUCCUGGCCACUGAGGAAACCUACGGGCCCAGCAUGUACCAGAUCUUUACCCAUCGUGCUCCACCUGAGGGAGAUCCAAAGCUCCAGGAACUGCAGAGGCUGAUCCCCGGGCUGAAGCCGGGCUUGGGUCGUACUGCCCAGGAACAAGCUCUCUACCAGGUGGCCGCUAUCUUCUCCACCAUCGCAGCCUCUGCAGUUGGUGGGCUGCUUACUGGUUGGGUCAUGAACCUGCCCUUCCUGGCAUCCCCAUCUGACGAGGAUUGCUUUGAUGAUGAGCUUUUCUUUGACAUGCCUUCUCACUUUGACAGAGUAGAAAGGCUCAAGAGCCCCAAAAGCUUUGACGAAAAGGUACAAAUGAGCUCAAUGAACACAUCAGUCGGGACAUAGAGGCAGUCAUUAUAGGACGUUUUAUUUCUGAAUUUGAAACCUAAACAUUAGCCCUUUAAUAGAACCUGUUAACUGUUGUAGGUGGACAAUUAUGUGUAAAACGGCAAGUUAAUGUAUGUAAUGUUGUAUUUGCUUUCACAUAAUAUGCAUAACAUUCCAUUUGAAAUACACAUUUUUAGAAUUGCUUUUUUCCUUCAUGAAACAUUCUAAAUCCAUGAUUGAAUAAAGUCAUUAACAUAAUUUCCUUUUGUCUAUUUCUUUAUUAUCUUGGACUAUACUAAUAAAAUGGAAGCAGAAGAACGCUGAUGUGUUGUUAUUUUUAUCUGGAGGCUGUAGACCUUAUGAGAGCCAAUGUAUGAUGAUCUACAAGCCAACAAGACAUACAAUCAUUACUUGACAUUUGAUUGUUUUCAAUAGUGUUGGUGGCACCAUUUGAUUCAAAAGCUAUUGCUUUCUAGCCAUAU